AUGUGUAGCAAAGCGAUCCUAGCACUCCUGGUCUAUGGCAUAAUAAUGCACUGCAGCGUCUACUGCUCACCUGCGGCCGGACUUCAGUACCCGGCCCUCAGGCUGGAGGAUGAAGUCUACGACGAGGACGGGAACACCCUGCAGGACUUCGCCUACGACCACGAGCCCCUCGGUAUAGCGAAUCCGUCCUCCAUGAUAGGCGAGAUGUACACCUUGUAUUACCCACCGGAAAAGAGGUGA